AAAAGUGCAUCCAUGUCGAAAUGUUUUCUUGCUGGGUGUAUUUGACGGUUCAUUUUUGUUAUUCAUCACUCACUCAUCAGGUCAGAAACAAAAGGUUCAUAUAAUGUAGGCUUGCGAUUCACACAUGGGAAAAUGAUUUUUGCAGGGGCCAGGACAGGAUAUUUGUAUCUCUGCAUGGUUGUAAGAAUUAUCUUUAGAAAAUGAAUAAGAAAAGGAAAAAGGAAAAAAAGCAGCACAUUGCUUCAUGCUUUGGCAAAGAGGAAAAGGGCAGCAUGAAGCAAAUUGUGAAAGCAACAAGCAAAGAAUCUUAGAUGCUUUAAUCAGGGUGAGGAGGCAAAUUUCUGGGGUCCAACGCGUGCUUCUAGCUUGAAAGCGCAAACUGCAACUGUUGCAUAUUUCCAUUUCUACUCUAAUCUGGCGGUGCACUAGAACUAUAGCAUAAGUUGAUCGGACUAUUUCAGAAAGUUCAGUCCAAGUUUUUGUGCUUCAAGCUGCUCUUCUCCUGUCGAGGAAAUAUUUGCGAAAGAUGUUGAUGAAGCGAGAGAGGAGAUAUUUCGAGUUCUUCCGAUGAUGGACCGCAGUGUAAGGAUCAUCUAUUUUGAUGGUUGGGGUGGAUUUGGGGUGUCGGCAGUUCUGCGAUCUAUAGCGAAAGUGCUUCCGUCUGUGAGAACCGCUCCAGAACUAUGCUUUGACAGAAUAAUUCAUAUAGACUGCUCAGAGUGGAAAAGUGAAAGAACAAUGCAGAGAUUAAUUGCAGAGGAACUGAAACUUGACCACUCAGUGAUAUCCAUUCUAGACAAGCAAGAUGAAGAGGAUGAUUUUAGUGGAGUUGACGAAAGUUCAAGGAGUGUAAUAGAACGUGUUGGGCAAAUGAUUGAUCAAACCCUGAGGGGCAGCAAAUUUAUGAUGAUUUUUCUUAAUGGAAGUGAUGUUGAGUUUGACAUAGGCGCCUUUGGUCCCCCAUUUGCAAGAUUUGGCGACAACAUGAUGAUAUGGACCUUCAAAAGAAGAUUCCUGACCAUGAAUCACUGGCGUUCCGAGAUAGCAGACAAGCUAAGAUACACUCACACUCUUUCUUGUGUCCACCCUAUGAUCACAGAACGACUAACAAGUUCAGAGUUUCAAGCAAUACUACGUGAAGAGGCUGCUGCCAUAGUUGCUCGGAGUCCAUGUAUGCUGGACAUCGACCCAACAAUGGUUGCAGAUUGUUGUCUCUAUCAGUUAUUCCUGGAUUGUAACUUCCACACCUUUCAAUGGGUUGCUCAUGCUUCCAACUGUUGGAUGUGCGAUGGGAUCAUACAAGGGGACAGAGCAAGGGAUAUCAGUAUUGCAUUGCAUGGAAAGUUAAAUUGGGAGCGCGGUGCUCCUUUGGUUAAUGGUAUGCUUAGGAAGUUCAUGAAACAUACAGAGCCUCCUUUUUUGAUACUUCAAGAUGAUGAUGUCUAUGAAGAAAGGCCAUACCGCUGGAUUUCAGUCACAUCGAGGAAUACGAAAUUACAUGGUUUGCAAACUAUACCUGCAGCGGCAUCAUCUUUCUUCUUGGCAUUUGAAAGAUCGGAUUACCCAAUUCCGUUGCCACAUGGCUUGUUUGAGCAUUCCAACAACCUUGGUGUGUUAGUUCUCUGUUGUUGUGCCUUCAGUUUUGCAGCACCUCCUUUCCUGAAAAGCCAUCGCCUAAGAUUCCUUGGACUGGACUGUUGUAUAGAUGACCAAACUGGUGACGGACAGGAUCAUACAGAGUGGGCAAGUUUGUAUAGCCUGUGGGUGCUACACCUUUCUUACACAGACUGGAAUGAAAUAUUAUCUGAAGAAAAGAUGGAUCUCAUGACUAAUAUUAAAGAGCUCAAUAUAGAGGGAACAAGGUGUUGGCAGUACAUCGCUGACUUGCAAGGGCGGCUACCUAACCUUCAAAGGCUCCGAAUAAUCAAACCAACAUGUCAAUGGGAGACAUCCAGGGAUGUUGGCAACUCCUUUAUGGAUAAGACAAGGAUAGAGAUACUUGAUUUAUCAGGUAACACUGAGAUGGAAGUUGUGCCAACAAGCCUCUCAAAGGCGAGUGGACUUCGAGUGCUUGUACUUGAUGGUUGUGAUGGGGUGGAAAACAUUGAUGGCCCUGGUGGGCUUCCUUCGUCCAUUGAGUCCUUCAGCUUUGAUGGUUAUGGCCCAGCUUUCGAAUGGACACCAAGCAUUGAACUACCUUUCAAACAUUUCUGUCCACCUACGACAACAGAAACAAAUAAUAGGGAUAUCAAAGUCUCCAAGAUCUCCUUAGCAGGGUGUAAACAGUUGAAAAAUCUGUUCCUGCGUGGGCUACCCAACCUCUUGGAGCUGGACCUCUCUGGAACUGCAAUCAAGAUACUAGACUUCGAAACUAUGGUGGUGCAAGUCCCAGGGCUCAAGCGGCUAUUUCUUAUUGGAUGUGAGCACCUUCGUGCAAUAAAUUUUCCAGGCAAGAGUGACUUUGAGAGAAAUCUGGACCUGGAGCUGCUGUACAUAGACACACGACCUGAAGCUGCGUGUGAUCGGUCAACUAUUGAAGAGAACAAUUCCUCCCAGUUGCAGGUGAAUGCUAUAAUAACUGAUGCAAGGCUAGUCCGGUCAUUGUACUCUUUAAUAUAUUAUGGUAUGAAUAGCCCCAGAGAUGUUUGUUUUGAUAUCCAAGUCACCUCCUCACCUGUGUCUGUUGGGCCUGUUCAACCGGAAGCACCAUGCAGUGAUAAGAUUGGUCAUUCUGAAGAAGAGAGCCUGAAUCAGCUUGUUCCAGCACACCGAUACAGCGAUGUCAGUAGCAUGAUUGGUGAUGCAUCACUCCCAAUGCAGGCUUUCCCGCCUCCGCCUAUGAAGUUGGAUCGGCAUGUUGAGAUCGCUGAAGGGAGCCAUUUCUUGGAGAGCGAGUUGGACAAAUAUCGUGGUCUAGGUGGCCUGAUGGAUUUAUACGCUGAAUCGCUGCACGUGCAUGAUGUCCCGGUAUGUGCUAUUGUGCCUCCUCCAUUUUGGGGGAACAAGCUUAGGCACUUCUGCGUUGAGAGGUGCUCCAAGGUGGACGCCGUCUUCCAAACGAGCCCGGACGGAUUGCUGAAGCUAGAGACUUUAUGGGUGUCGCAUCUCCUAAUGGCCCGUUGGAUCUGCAGUAACUACCACUUCACCGGUGGUACUUUCAGAAGUUUGCAGCACCUACAUGUGCGCUCCUGCCCCAGCCUCCAGUUUGUGCUCCCGGUGUGGUUCCCCUCCUUCCCUAGCUUGAAGACACUAUACAUUAUCCACUGCAGCAACCUCAAGCACAUCUUCACACUGGACAAUGAGUACCCAGAAGAAAUAGCCGUCCAGGGUGUACUAUUCCCAAAGCUGACCACCAUCCACCUUCAUGACCUACCGGAGCUGCAGCAGAUAUGCGAGUUCAAGAUGGUGGCUCCGGCAGUCAAGACCAUCGUGAUCAGAAGAUGCUGGAACCUGUGUCAUCCGCUGCCGGUUGUGGCCACCGAUGACAUAGAGAUCGAGAAGGAUGGCUGUGUCGAGGUGGAUGCUGGCCACCACCCUGACAGUUGGACGCCCCGAUACAAGAUGAAACUGCCCAGGGUCUCCGUCCUCAGAUAGUGAAUUCUGCACCGAUGUGUUUCUUCCACCGUGACAUGGGACUUGGAUGGAUGGUUGUGCUCCUAUGGUUGAUGCUGCUGCUGCAUGCGCUUGGCCUUUUCGUGUGCUCUCGUGGAUAGCCACACACCUCUGGGUUUUUGGCUGGGUGUUCAAUUCGAACACGGAAGGAAAAGCUUCAGCCUUCAGGUGCGUGGGCUGUCACGCCGUCGAUCACCUUGAUCUUAUGGCUUUUGUGGCAUCUUGUUGUGUAGGUGUGAGCUUUUGGUGGCUCUCACUCGCCUUCGUGGCUCUGGAAUAAGAAGCUGUCUGGUAUGCGCUUGUGUCUACAUGCCCAGACCUUGGCAAUGUGUGCGUUUAUGUGUGGCUUUGCUGCUGAGGUGGCUUGCAUCGCAUCCACAUGGCCGCGCACAUGCUUGUGUGGAUUGAUGUGUGUUUGCAAUGGGUUUGAAACACAGCAGCCUGUAUCUAUGUGGCUGCAGUGUGAGUGAGGUUGAUCCUCGUACGACAGUUUGCAAUGUAUUUGAACUAAGAAGCAUCUGGUUUUGUGCUUCCAUCGCUCAUCUAACUUUGGCUGUGUAUUUGUUG